CUGCAUCUACCCCUCACCUUCUUCAUCAUGGACUCCUCACUUGUCUCAUCAGUUCCCUCAAGCCCCUUCACUUCUCCUUCUACUAAGGACACCCAAUACUACUCCUCAACUCUUUCUGCAAACACUACUGAAAACAUUUUUGAGCCCCUACCCUUACUAAGCCGCUUGCUUCACUCGCCCACCUCAACAAUAGAGGAUAAUCAACAGACAGGCUGCGACGAAGCCUACGAGGUCACGGUUGCAUUACGCAUUGGCCUUCCCAAUUGCUCCAAUGAAUCCUUCAAACCAAAGGAGAAGAGAGAUGACAAUGUAGCCAUGGAUGUAGCUGCUAGCAAGUAUUGGGUACCUACCCCAGCAGAGAUACUCAUUGGCUUCACCCACUUCUCCUGUCAUAUCUGCAAGAAAACUUUCAAUCGCCACAACAACCUAAAGAUGCACAUGUGGGGCCAUGGGUCACAAUAUCGCAAGGGACCAGAAUCACUGAAGGGAGAACCGCAACGAAGAAGCAUGUUAAGCAUUCCUUGCUAUUGUUGUGCACAAGGUUGUAAGAACAAUAUCAAUUACCCAAGAGCAAAGCCUCUUAAAGACUUCAAAACGCUGCAAACGCAUUACAAGAGGAAGCAUGGGAUGAAGCCCUUCAUGUGUAGAAAAUGUGGGAAGUUGUUAGCAGUGAAGGGUGACUGGAGAACCCAUGAGAAGAAUUGUGGCAAGUUUUGGCUUUGUAUGUGUGGGUCAGAUUUCAAGCACAAGAGAUCUCUUAAGGACCAUAUUAGGGCUUUUGGCUCUGGUCAUGGCCCCUUCCCUAAUUCCAUUGAGGGCUUUGAACAAGUAUGAAUUACAUU